ACACAGAAAAAUGCACCAAGUGCCUGGAUGAUCAAUAUCCAAAUGAGGAUCGAGUCCAAUGUAUCCCCAAAAUUCCAACCUUCCUUUCUUAUGAAGAAUAUCUGGGUAUCAUUCUGGUCUGUUUUGCUUUAAUUUUGUUCCUAAGCACAGGCCUUAUUUUAAUCGUAUUUGUUCAAUACCGAGAAACUCCCAUUGUCAGAGCCAACAACCGAAACCUCUCUUAUAUCCUCCUGAUUUCCCUCCUGCUUUGCUUCUUGUCUUCUCUUUUCUUCAUUGGUCAACCAAGGAAAGUUACCUGCCUUCUACGACAAACGGUUUUCAGCAUCAUCUUCUCAGUUGCAAUUUCUUCUCUCCUGGCCAAAACGAUCACAGUGGUGCUGGCUUUUCUGGCCACAAAACCAGGAAACCAAAUGAAGAGAUGGUUAGGGAAGAGCUUGGCCAACUCCAUCAUCCUUUCUUGUUCUGCUGUUCAAAUUAUCAUCUGCUUCAUUUGGCUGGGAGUUUCUCCCCCAUUCCCUGACUCUGACCUUCACUCCCAGCCUGGAGGGAUCAUCCUGCAAUGCAACGAAGGGUCUGUCAUCAUGUUCUACUUCAGCCUUAGUUACAUGGGUAUCUUGGCUGCCAUCUGCUUCACGGUGGCUUUCCUGGCCAGGAAUCUGCCUGGGACUUUCAAUGAAGCCAAGUUGAUCACCUUCAGCAUGCUGGUCUUCUGCAGUGUCUGGGUGAGUUUUGUGCCCUCCUACCUGAGCACCAAAGGGAAAUACAUGGUGGCUGUGCAGGUCUUUUCCAUCCUGGCCUCCAGUGCGGGUCUGCUGGGCUGCAUCUUCAUCCCCAAAUGCUACAUUAUCAUUCUGAAACCAGGCCUGAAUACAAAGGAGCAGCUUAUGACCAAAAGAACUGUAAAAAUGUGA